AUGCCUGCGGUGGAUACGCUCGAGGCUCUUUGCGAGCUAUUCGAGGCUGCUAUGGACUUUGGUCAAGAAGAGGUCGUGCAUCCCCGUGUUCUAACCUGGAAUUGA